ACCAAACCGAUGGGGGCAUUGCAAACCGAUGGGGGCAUUGGGAUGGAUCGACCUUUGACUCGAACUAUUUUGGGACGCUCUGCGAUGGGAUAGAGGCACCCUAUCACGACAGUAAUGCACCUACCUAACUCACUCUCAAUUUCGGCCCUCAAAACGGAUUCCGAAUCUCCGAUUUUCACCAUGUCCCCCGGUUGUUGUUUUAUUUUUAUUUUUAUUUUUUUUUCUCACUACUUUUUCAUUUCCUUCUAUGACACCCCGCUUCACAGCUUUUUUUUCAUCACCUUCUGGGCAUUGCAUGGUCCGGCAUGGGGAGGCUUGCAUCAUGGUGUUUCGCUCGGGCUACCGUGGAAGGUGGUGGUGGGGAGUUGAGUUGAUGAGUCUUGCCUGCCAUUUCGCGCUUUCCCCUGACCAUCAUCCUUGGGAAAUGCUCUCAGUCUUAAUUGCAUUCUUAAAAAUCUGGCAUUAUCAAAAGAGGAGGGAAUACCAUGCAGGAGCAUCGAGGAGCUUGCCGAUGUCUACCUGGAGGCAGUCGUGGGACUGGGAGAAGAGGCGGUUAGUGGCUAGGAAGGAUUCAUUUGGUGAUGGUGCCCAGCAUGGUUGGAGCUUGUGGUCAUGUUUGUUGAUUCAGGCGGUGGCAGGAGGGGUUGUGGCCAGGGAGGCCUGGCGUUUGGAAGACAGAGUGGACAGAGGAGAAGCGGAGUAGUAAGCAACGAGGUUUUUUUUACACUUAGGGCUACCACGAGUAUUCUUUGUUCGGUUUAACGCGGAAGAGGGGAAAGAGGUUGUUGGCAACGAGCUGGAGACGGGGAGAGGUCCGUCU